UCCAUACAUUUCUCCUGCUGUCUUGUUACAUUCCCUCAAUUUUGGAACAAGUUGAUUAGUUCCUUGUAAUGAGAAGCCAACUUUCCAUGUUCUGCACAUGAAGUUUAUUGCUCUUGACAGGAUUUUCGAUGCUUUCCGUGAAGGUCCUUGUUGGCUCAUUAAUCUUCAGCAAAGCUCCUUUUACUGCUGCAAGAUCGUACUUGAGGGGCUUGAGGUCGUUAACGUCUUUCUGCACCUCCGACACCAAUUUCUCCACUUUGCCUUCGUCUUCAGCUGCCUUCUGUCCUGCUCCGCUAGUCCCUGCUUGUGUGUUCGGAACUUGCGCUUUCUCCGCCUGCUUCGUACUCGACAAUUCUACUCUCAGUGCGCUGUCAAUGAUUGAUUUGAGCUCUGAUGCGGUGACUGGAUCCUUCGCCUUUUGUUCUUCAGGUGCCACCUCUGAUCUCUUCGUGCUUCCAUCGUUCUUAUCAGGCUGCAAUGAUUUCUUGUCUGCUGGCUUCAUGACUUGCAUCUGGCUUUGUUUGUUGCUUUUGUCCUUUGCGCUGCCGUGGGUUCCAUCAUUAUCUCUCAGCAGUGAUGAGAGGUUGGUGGACGAUGUCUGCUUUAGGCAAAGAGGAGAGGCCAACUGUGCUACUCUGCUAUUGCCGAAGGAUCUUCGGCAGAAGAUGGCGACGGCGAUGAAGGGAGGCUUCGCCAUCACUGCGGCCAAGGUACAGGUGCUUUUGCGUAAUCGCGACGAAGUGGAUGCUUUUCAAGAGCUUGUAGAGGGUUAUGGCCUCUAUUUGGGGCUUGCGACGGAGGCAGCGGAUCGUGUUUGUGUACUAGAGAAGAAGCUUGUGCAAGUACAAGAUGACAGGGACACAGUGGCUGCGGUCCUCCAGCGGACUGAACGAACGAUCCAGAGGUCUCCGGACAUCGAUGCUCUGGAGGCGAAGGUCGCGGCAUUACAACAAGAUCUGGGCCAAAGCUACAAGGCAAGUGCAGAAGUGUCUCAGCAGCUCGUGCAGGCCAGCAGCCUUGCGCAGUCCCUUCGGGAGGAGUUGGAAGAGAAGAAGAAGGUCGUCGUGAAUCUUCAGGAAAGCCGCGCCGUGGCCGACGCCAAGGUUGAUUACCUGGAGGGUGCACUGAAGGAAAAGACAAAUGCCGUAGAGCUGGCAUCAAUGGAGGCAGAGGCAGCAGUGAGGGAGAGGAUCGAAGUAGAGGAGAAACUUAGGAUUGCGGAGGCCGAGAACCGCAGCUUUGUGGAUAAGCUGAUGGAGUUUAAGUUGAAAGAGGCGGAAAAGAUCAAUGAACUCAAUGCCAUGUACGAAGAUAUGGUGAAGCAGUUCCAAAGGACCCAACUCCAGGUCGGUGUGGGUGUUUGGGUGUGCAUGCGGCUGUGUGCGAGCGCGUGCGAUGCUUCUCUGCCUGUUCGCAAAUGCAGGUCGGUGUGGGUGUUUGGGUGUGCAUGCGGGUGUGUGCGAGCGCGUGCGAUGCUUCUCUGCCUGUUCGCAAAUGCAGUGAAGGCGCCAAUAUGUACAUUUCAAAUUCGCAAUCCUGAAGAGGCCAAGAGAGGAUAUGGUAUCCAGACAAUCUUGACACACAGCAACUGCAAUGCCCUCUGCCUCACUCCAGACGGUGCAAUGAUCUGUACCGGGCACACAGACGGCCACUUGCGCUUCUGGGAGAUGAAGAAUGGUGUGCUUGUGAACGAGGUGCCAGCGCAUUCACGAGCGAUCACGAGCGUCUCAGUAUCGCAGGGAGGAACGUCCAUUCUGACAAACGGACGAGAUAACGUGUUGAAUGUGUUCGAUCUCCGAACAUUCGAAGCCCGGUGCACACUCCGAGCCCCUGGGUAUUUAGCCCCUUCCAAUUGGAGCAGGGCAUGUAUGAGUCCUGACGACAAGUACAUUGCCGCAGGUUCCUCCGACAGUAAUGUGUACGUCUGGUCUCACACGACUGCCUCCCUCGAGCGAGUGCUUCGAGGGCAUGCCAGUCCGGUGUUCUCAUGCGCAUGGUGCGACCUUGGCCGGCCACUUGUCUCUUGUGACAAAAAUGGCUUUCUUCUUGUGUGGGAAUGACUCCGCAACAUGUGAUCAGAAAUCAAACACAGCAGAAAGGAAAUGGAGAUUGGUUUCGCUUCCGGAAAUAGUGGUUUCAGGUUUCAUCUCAUAAGUGUGCAUCAUGUGUAAGAGUGACAAUUUUUUGUGCGCCAGGGAGUAGCAGGUCGGAGGUGCCUGUUGAUUGUUGCCUCGCGGAAGGCAUGCAGGAACCCCAGCAGAAGGUGUGCGAGAGGGUGCGUGGAUGAGUUUACUUACGUGCGAGAGGGCGCAUGGAAGGCAUUGGAGAGGGAGAGCGGAAGGAGUGCGAGAGGGCGCAUGGAAGGCAUUGGAGAGGGCGCGCGGAAGGUAUGUGAGAGGGCGCGCGGAAGUCGGGUGAAAGCCGCCCCGUGGAAGGCAGGCGAGGGGCCCCGUGGAAGGCAGGCGACGAGCCCCGUGGAAGGCGGGUGAGGGGCACCGCGGAAGGCGGGUGAAGAGCCCAGUGGAAGGCAGGCAGAGUCCCGCAGAAGCCGGUGGAAGCUGGGCAAGGAGCCCUGCGGAAACGGAGCCUAGGAGCUCCACCAAUGGCAGCGAGGAGAAAUAUAAAAGAACGGGGAACAAGGCUGGCAACGAGGACGGCGGCGAAUGUCAGGGGGGGUGUUCAAAAAAAUUAGAAAGGGGCCUGUGAAGGAAGGGAGGCUGGGCUAGUGUGCAGUGCUCAUGCGCCCUUGAUAAUCGUCCUGUGUAUAAGGAGGUGUGUUGUGCCUCAAGAUCAUGUGUAUAUAAUACUAUAUAUCCAUACAUGUCUUAUGUGCAUCAUGGCGUGUGUGUGUGUACUAAAAGCCGCCGCAAACCGCAUAUAGACCUCAUUGCUGUGUCAUUUCUUUCGAUUACCGACUGGUCUAGCGCAGUUGGGAUACCUAUCAACCGUUGAAACACAGACCUGAGUUCGAAUUACGAUGGAAUUAAAAGGAGUAAGAAUAGUAAAAAAAACUUUAAAAAAGUGAAAAUAGUAAAAUGCCUCUGAAUUG